GGGGCAGCACACCACAAACCACCGACCGGACCCAAGGAAGCAAAUCGAAACUCCUCAAUGAGUUCACCUUCACAUAAAUAGUUGGUCCCCCCCUCCUCUGAAGAUCGUUCGCUGUCUUGACAAAAUGAAUGGCUCUCUGCCCUCCUCACCCAACGUGGUGGACAUCAAACUGAAGCGAGGAUCGGCAGGCUUGGGAUUCAACAUAGUUGGGGGCGUGGACCAGCAGUAUGUAGUGGCUGACAGUGGCAUAUACGUGUCCAAAAUUAAAGAAGAUGGAGCCGCUGCAUUGGACGGAAGACUCCAAGAGGGGGACAAGAUCCUUACGAUCAAUGGACUCAAGCUUGAGAAUCUGACCCAUAAAGCUACAGUUGAUCUGUUCAGGACAGCAGGGGAGGACGUGGAGCUCCGAGUUCUGAAAAAGUUUCCCCAACACAUGAACGGACCCACAGGCUCACAACCCGAGCACAAAUCUCCAGUGUCUUCUCUGGGUAUGCUGGCUGCUUUAUUGGGCGUUGCAAGCAUCUUUGCAUUCAUUUACAUUCGGAACCAUAGGAGGCACUUUUAACGAAGCCGCCAUUGUCUGUAUAUUAUUUUUAAAAUCAAAAACUUUGCUUAAGGCCAAAGAAAAGAAAGAGGGAACCAACUCUAAACAGUAGAAGUUAUUAUUUUUUUUAUUAGUAGCUGUUGGUGUCACUGAUGAGUUUCUCCAAGUUCAUGUUUAUUAUGUGAUUUAAUGGUAGCUUCUUGACACCCUUCCUAUGCAAAAGGAUCCACUCUGACUACAGAGAUUACUUUAAAUAGAUAGCUUUGUGAUUGUAAGGAGUAGAAGGAUGCACAUUCCUGCUGCUGGGCUGAGCUAGGCUGAGCUCAGGCAGAAACAUGCGGCUGCCCGUAUACAGAAGUUGUAUGCAGAAUACUUUUAAAUCCUUGAUUCAAGUCAGACUGGCUCAAGCUUUAGGGUCCAUUUCCAGACUUAAAGACGGUGUUGUGUUCAGUCACUCAUAGGCCUCUCUGUACCUGACCUGUCUGAGGGCCAACGUUAAGAGGAACUCACUGUACUUUCACUUUGUCAGGGUUUAAAAAUGAAUGCAACUGGGUUUGAUUUUCAUUUUGCCUGGUGCACAGAAUCAUGAGAAGAGUUGCAUCCUGCUGUGCUGAAGCAGCCUGCAGUUAAUGUGAUAAAUUGUCUUGUAAUGGACUCCAGAGUGCCUUUUUUCCGUCUACUCCAAGUAAUGGUGGUGUUUGCGUCUUCGUGCUCCUUAUCGUGAUCAAAAUGAAAAUCAACCCUCUGCAUCCAUUAAUACAUUUAUAAUUAAAGGAUGUUGCUUGUGAUAAUCUCUCUCUAUAUUCUUGUCAUCGAAUCCCAUAAAAAGUCCCAAACCAAGAGUGAGUUAGUCCAUCCCUCAAUACUUUCUGGCUUCCUCAGCCUAUGCGCAGCCACGCGACCAUUUGUUCAAAGUAUAAAUCUAUAAAAACACGAAAUGUAUAGUUUGAGUUUCAAAAAUUGCUCUGUCGGUGUCAGAAACAGCUGGACACUAGUUUUUAUCUUGGCAAAUAUUCCUCAUACAGGAGAAAAUAUUUGGCAGAUUAAUUAACACACAUAAUUUGGUGACUUAGUAUUUAGAGCAGCAGGGCAUUGUGUAUGUGACUGACUGACUCACUCACUCAUGGUAAUGAAGGAACAUGUCACUGAGUGCAACAGUGUGGCUCAUUAAUGUGUUUCUAAUAGUUUUUGGACAACUAUGGAGCUUUUUUUGCAGAAAGAAUAUAAUUCGACAAUGUUUGUAAGUAAAACCACUUCAUUGUUGGUUUUGGUUCUUUUAAUGGGAUUGGUUCACAGUAAGAAAAAUCUAGAUUCUCACCAGACUUCUCCUUUUUAAGUGAAAUCCAUGUGCUCAAAGAAUCACUAGGUAGUUUCACUUUGAAGAGUUUAUUAUAAACUGUCAUACGGUCACUCAGGGUGAACCGUUAAAUCUUUAUCUUAAAGGAAACCAGUCAUUCCUAAAUUUAUAUCGUGUGGUGAACAUCUUGUUUCUUAACGCUCAGUCACAGCUGAGGACUCUUGAGAAAUACUGCCAUGUUUGUGUUGUAUGUACGGCCAUUUCAAACUUUGCAUUAAGGCCAGUGCUUAUAGUCACAUCGCACCUUCUGCCAAGUGAUGGAUGGAAAUUGUGGAGUAUGUUGUGAUAGAAGACAUUAGUUGUUCAUUUGUGUGAAGGAUCAUCAGCUUAAUACUGAAGAGCAGCUUGAGACACAAGCUUUUUUUUUUUUAAGAAAUUAGUUGCUGUCAACAACUUUUAAUGUUUGUUGUUUUUGCACUAGCCACAAUCAUGGAAUUCCUCCAGUAACUUCCUUAGAACAGAUGAAUAAGUGAAUUAUGUGUACUGGGUGUGUUUGUCCACAUUUUUCAGUCUGCAAAUUUCAGUCUGUUGUCUGUAAAUACAUUUCAUGUCGCUCUGCUGAGUGGGAUUGUGAAUAUGUGCAGUAUGCCAGAAAACACAGAUCAGAAGCACUAAUAAAUUAUGUUAAAUACUGUGUUUUACAUCCAAACACCUACUGUAUUAAAAUUCAUGUUGAAUUCA